AUGGGCGCCGCGGCGAGGAAGCCCGCCGCCGCUCUGCUGCCAAUCUGGCUCAUCUGCCUCGUCUGCGCAUCGAGAGCAGGAGCGCAGCCGUACAUCGGCGUCAACUACGGCGAGGUGGCGGACAACCUGCCGUCGCCGGACGAGACGGCGAAGCUGCUCAAAUCCACGUCCAUCUCCAAGGUGCGUCUCUACGGCGUGGACGCGGGGCUGAUCCGCGCGCUGGCGGGGUCCGGCAUCUCGGUGGUGGUGGGCGUGGCGAACGGCGACAUCCCCUCGCUGGCCGCCGACCCGGCCGCGGCGUCGCGGUGGCUGGCGGCCAACGUGCUGCCCUUCGUCCCGGCGACCACCAUCUCGGCCGUGGCCGUGGGCAACGAGGUGCUGGAGUCCGGGGACGCGUCCCUGGCCGCCGCGCUGCUCCCGGCCAUGCAGAACCUCCGCGCCGCGGCCGUCGCGGCCGGGGACGGCGCGGCGGGGAUCAGGUUCUCCAUCGUCAACACCAUGGGCGUGAUGGCGCAGUCGGACCCGCCGUCCACGGGCGCGUUCCACCCUGACGUGGCGCCGCAGCUGCAGCAGAUCCUGGCGUUCCUCAGCCGGACCGGCGCGCCCUUCAUGAUCAACCCGUACCCGUGGUUCGCGUACCAGUCGGACCCGCGCCCGGAGACGCUGGCCUUCUGCCUGUUCCAGCCCAACGCCGGGCGCGUCGACGGCGGGUCCAGGAUCAGGUACACCAAUAUGUUCGACGCGCAGCUGGACGCCGUGAAGUCGGCGCUGGUGCGCGCCGGGGCGACGCCGGGGAGCCCUGGCGCCACGGCGGAGAACGCCAGGGCCUACGUGUCCAACCUGGUGGCGCACCUGCGGUCCGGCGCCGGCACGCCGCUGAUGCCCGGGAAGUCGGUGGAGACGUACCUGUUCGCGCUCUACGACGAGGACCUCAAGCCCGGGCCCACGUCGGAGCGCUCGUUCGGGCUGUACCACACGGACCUGACCAUGGCGUACGACGCCGGGCUGACUUCCUCCGCGCCGGCAGUGGGAGGAGGGGCGGCGCAGCCCAAGCAGGCCGGCGGGUGGUGCGUGGCGCGGGACGGCGCCUCGGACGCGGAGCUGCAGGCGGACCUGGACUACGCGUGCUCGCAGGUGGGCGUCGACUGCGGCGCCAUCCAGCCCGGCGGCGCCUGCUUCGAGCCCAGCACGGUGCGCGCGCACGCCGCGUACGCCAUGAACCAGCUGUACCAGGCGGCCGGGCGGCACCCGUGGAACUGCGACUUCCGGGCGUCCGCCACGCUCACCUCCGAAAACCCAAAUCUUGCAGCACUGCACGACCAUGACAAAUGGUGA